UCACUGAGCGUUACGGCACCGCGGGAUUCUCGGUGCAGAACGUUGCGUCCCGUUGUCGUUUUGACUGGCUCAUUCUUCAACUGUGACGUUUUGUACUUUGGUACAACGGUGUUUCGCGAACGGUUUUCCUCUGGCUGCACAAGCCGCUUCGCGGUCUGAACCGCGGUCGGUGUGUCAUCUGAAAUACGUAUAUGGAUAUAAAUUUGAAACUAAAAAUGCAUGAGUUUAGUUGACAUUUCGCAAGGCUGCAGCAAGCCGCCUUUGUUUCGUCGGCAAUUACUCUGGUAUCCAUAAUAUGUACAUGUACGGCGACGCUUUUCAAACCACAAACUGUUCAAAUUAUAGUCUUCUCCGUCUGUUUAAUUGUUUUUGCAAGUGUUCGAUACGCGUAGAGAAACAUUUUAUGUACUUACCUGUGAAAAGAGGAUUGUGCACGAAAUACGACGUCAGUUCUUAUCGUUACGUGGUCCCGAGUCGACGUCGGCCGUUUUCUAUCGAGUGCUGUGCGGUAGUACUCUUCGUCUAAAGAGUGGCUGGGUAAAAAUAUUAGCCAAGUUAUUUGUAAACUCGAUAAAUUUAUUUGACGAAUCAGCUGUUGCUCGGCUCAUCGAAUAAGAUUUUUAUUUUCAGUAAGACCUCAAUGCGGAAUACUAGCUGGAUGUCGAAGAGCUAGCCGGCGAAGAAAAUUACCGGCGAUAUUGCUCGAUGCUUGAACAACAUCGAGGAAUGGCUGUCGGUCUGAUGCGGUUUUCUUUGAAACGAUGUUUUCUGUAUGUGUUAUGUCUCACCGUGGCGCUAUUCUUCGUACUGAAUGUUCGCCAGAGAGAUUUUUGGCACCCCCCACGAACAGAUGCUGUUCACGCGGAUACACCGGCGAGGACGAUACCUGACGGGUCGAAGAUGAAACAGGUUUGGUCCACGAAGAAGAGAGUCCGUCCUAAGAGCAAAGGAAAAGAAAAGAUAGCAACAGAGGCGGUGAAUUCAUCCGCGUUGGUCAACUUUCUGGAAAUAUCUGAAGACGUUUGGGACCCAGCCCACAGACCGUGGUACAUGAAGGAUGGCCACCGAUUGCCACAUCCCGCACCGCGGAUUCGGCGUAGUGGAAAACGAGUCGCUCGUCUCUGGCCCGAAGAGGAUCCUAUGGAAGAUCGCAUCACCAAUCAGCUGAUGUACGUACCUCCAGAGUACAACAAGACCAGCGCAGAGCAGAAGCUGAAGAAAAUAUUGGUGACCAAUGGCAUGGGCGAGGCUAAACCUGGUCGUGAAAUAUUCCAGAAGCUUGGCUGCCCCGUCGACACGUGUACGAUCCUACGAAGUAAGCCUGAAGAGGCCGACUUGAUCUUGUUCAAAGACCACGUCAGUCAUCCCGGUUCCAGGCCGCAGAACCAGAUAUGGAUGCUGUAUUUUCUGGAGUGUCCUUACCACACGCAGACGAUAAAGUUUCCUCAGAUAAACUGGACGGCAACGUACAGGAGGGACAGCGACAUAGUCGCUCCUUACGAAAGAUGGCAUUACUACGAUCCGAAGAUCACCCAAAUUCCACAGCGCAUCAAUUACGCUGCCAACAAGACGAGAAAGGUUGCCUGGUUCGUAUCAAACUGCCACGCGCGAAAUCAGAGGCUCCAGUACGCGAGGGAACUCGGUAAAUACAUUCCAGUUGACAUAUACGGGGCUUGCGGAUCCCUGAGGUGUCCACGGUCCAGGGCGCAGACAUGCUUCGACAUGUUGGACACCGACUACAAGUUCUACCUUGCUUUCGAGAAUUCAAACUGCAAGGACUACAUAACGGAAAAAUUCUUCGUCAACGGUCUUGGGCACAAUGUGCUGCCGAUCGUGAUGGGUGCCAGACCGGAAGACUACGAGCGAAGCUCUCCGUACAGGUCGUACAUCCACGUGGACGAGUUCGAGUCGCCUAAGGAGUUGGCGGAUUACUUGCACCGCCUUGACAAGGACGACGAGCUUUACAAUUCGUACUUUCGCUGGAAGGGUACCGGGGAAUUUAUAAAUACGUAUUUUUUCUGUCGCGUAUGCGCGAUGCUGCACGACGAGUAUCCGGUGAAAUCGUACAGCGACGUGAACGUCUGGUGGCGAGGUGAAGGAGUCUGCACGCAGUCCUCCUGGCGGAAGCACAACGCGCCAUCGAACGCGAUUGGAAAUUGAAUAACUAGUUCCUCGAAACGUGUAGGCUGAAAGCUGUCGCCAAUUGAUCUUCGUCGCGAAGACAGAGAGAGGAUAUCCGGAUUCCGUAAACCGAGUUUCGCGGUUGUAUUUGAAAAUCGCGGCGCUCGUCGUGCGAUUUGGUGGGACCAUACGGUUCGCGGGAAAUUCAAAUUUGCGACGAGAUUAUCCACGAAUUUAACUAAGCUCGUUCGCCAGAAUAAUACGGGUCGGUCGAUAUUUAUAAUCUGAUGUUCCUUGAGGCUCAUUCACGUUGAUAGUUCGCGGUUCAAUAUUAGCCUUCGUAUCUAAUAAUCAGGUGGAAAAGUCCGACGUGUACAGACAUCGAGCAACGUUAAGAAUUAACGGAGUAAUGCGGAAGGCGCAUCACGCAUGGCAAGGGUAUUCUAUUUUCGAUCUAACAAACGUUUUUCCCCCAAAAACAAAAAGAAAAAAAAAAACAAUAAUCAUCCGUCUCGCGUACUAUAUUUUCAAUUGAAUCAGAUGAGAGGCAUUUUUACAAUGAAGUGUUCAUAUAUUUUGAGUAAAGAAACAAGAUUUGUCUAAAACAAGUACAAAUCACUCCAAGGUUAUAUUUAUUGUCCAAAUUUGUUUUUCGAUAACUCAUCUCGGUGAGCCCGUUUAGUGUUGUACGUCUUGUACCACUUUACGUAAAACGAUUCCGGUUCGGAGACGCGAACGUACGAUGGAUGUAUCCGAAUUUCUUUUCUUCUCCCUUGAUUCCCCGAUUUGUAAAUAAGCUCCUUCACGGCGAAUCGAGGCCUUCUGGUACGUUUGCAAAAAGAACGCUGUGAUCUCCCACUUCGAUACUCGGUGUCGAGAUACGUACUUCAUGACGUCCAUUCGUGUGAACGAUCAUGUGCCUACUCAGGUAGUACAGAGUUUAAAUUGAUCACAGCUCUGAAAUAUUUGCAUCGUUUGAUAUUGUGCGAAAAAACGAACGCCCGUAUGUAAUAAUCAAUUAUGUGUUGAGUCACUAUCAAUUCACCAUACGCAGCGUGUAUUACUAUACCGUAUACAUAUUAAUAUUCAUAGUAUAUCUCCUAAUUGGUAAUGUUACAAUAUUAUAUCAAUGGCCUAAUGUUAUAACGUAUAAUAUCUGUUAAGUAUACGUACGAUGCUUAACGGUUUUCGUUUGGUUGCUGCCUUUUUUCGUGCUGACAUGAGUCUGGUUGGUAUUAUUAUUUUCGUUUUCCCUCAAUCAACGACGUAAAUACGUACCGUCUCUGCGUCAAACGAAUUAAAACUGAUCGCGUAAAUGCCGCCGCGUGCGAUUAGAGCUAUUCUGUUGCGAGAGUGCAUGGCAAAAUUUUAUUUCUCUCCCAAGUGAUAAGGGAGAACUCUGCAUUUGUAAGAGAUGAAAUAGUGGCGUAUUUUUUAUUUCAAAAGUACAGGUCCUAGUCUGCAUAAGCGUAUUACACGAAUGAGUAUAAUCGAGUUAGUCAAAUAUGUAGGGAUGAUUGUAAAUAUCAUUUAAUCACGUGAGUUAUUCCUAUAACGAGUGUGAGUAAAGGUGUAAAGUCGUUAGUCGUAUGUUAAUUACUAUUAAUGGUGCUGGUUAUGGUGCAUAUAAUAAAUGAACGGCCGGUAUCUUUCUUCGCAUGUGUAUGCGAAGUAUUGUAAAUAUUUAUAUUAUUAUUUGGUAUGACAGUAUCAAGAGCAAAAAAUUUUCGGGAAAUUAUUGUUAUUUGUUUGUUUGUUUGAUUGAUUUUCUUACAUCUGAAAGUGCAACGGGUCUAAAAAUUGUUAUCAAUCGGUGACUAAAUGUCAAUUUUAAUCUAAGCUUUUUGCCGUAAAACACUUAAUACACUAAAGAGUUAAAAGUGCAGUUAAAAGGCAUCAAACGCAUAAUGAUGGCAUAAAAUGCAAUUACGCACAGUAGUGCAACGAUUAAGAAAACAAAUAAUAAAACUGUGACGGUUGCAAAUUUUCUUGGCGAAAUUAGAUGACAUCUUUCAAUAUUAAACGUUUGAAUAUAUUUUUUGCAAAUUGUAUUCGAAAAGUUACGAAUACAUGUAUAUUUUUUUUCCACGAAUUUCACCAGUGAAGAGAUAUUUCGUAUUGUAGUUAUAUUUCUGUGAUAUCGGUUGAAAUUUUCCUGUCGUUAAUAUAUUGUCGCGGUAAUGAUCACGAAGUAUAGGUGUAUAUUUAAUAAAAUACUUAGUGAUGCGGAGUAGAGACAAAUCAAAGUAACGAAUUCGUUCGAGAAAGAUGUAGAAUAGAAAUUUAGAAUUCUAGUUUUGGUUAGCGUCCGUGUUGCGUUCGUGAAAGUUUGGAACGCGUUUUUUGUUGCUGAAUUGUCAUUCCUGCAUGAACAUUCCUGUUAACUUUUGUUAAUCCUCAUCGACAUCGAUUUAGUAUUAGCAAAGUAUUAUUACGUAGGCAACCGUGAGUAUUGCUGGCCGCGAAAGGGUUUAUAUGCUUUUAACGAAUCGUAAUUAGAAAAUUCCAAAUAUCCUAGCGUGCGUAGAAAUAAUUAAUACAUGGUCAGUAUUGAGAUAAAUGAGGAAUGAGAUUUCAUUGAUACGUAGAGUUUGUUCUUUGAUGCUGAGAUGGCUGAAUUAGGAUUGUCCUUAAUUUGAAUGUUCCAAAUUGGGAAAAAAAGAGAGAAAAAAAAAUGUGGCAGCAUUCUAGUCUAAUUGUUAACGUCUGUUAUGUUUUCUUAUCAUUUGAAUAAACGAGUGUUACUGUACAGACUCUUUACAAUGUUAAUUUAUUCAGUUUAGCAAGCCAAAGAUAUGUUAGUUGCACAUUACGCAUGUGCGUAUAAUAGUAUAAUUUCGCGUGUAUAAAUUCAUAUGAAUAUUGUUUAACUACGAGUAUUUUGUAAUCGGUGAAUGUACAAUAUGCAAUAUGAAUUUGUCUUAUCUCACAAUCAGAGUCCGCAAUACAUUUGGAUAAUACAUGCACAGUGUGCGGUAAUAACGGGUGUUGGUCCACGUUGAAAAAAAAAGAAAGACAAAUAUCGAAAUCAAAUUUAUGAUAAUGCGCGUAUGAAUCGGAAAAAGAGAUCGUCGCCUCGGUAUGAUCGUUAUAAGUGAUGAAUUAAUCGAAAAAUGAUCGACGAUGCGAUCGCGUGGAGUUUUGCGAUGACUGUAAUUACUCAUUCGCAUAUAAUAAACAAGUACAACAUGUUGGUUAUAGAUCAUAUAGAAAUACUACAUGGUUGUGACGAGAAAAGCACAAUUAUUAUUGAUUGUAAGUGGCUAUUUGUAAUAUAUUUUUGUUAUAUUAGACAAAAUAAAAAAUACAUGUUACUUUGAAUGAAUAAAAACAACAACAUUUUAUCGUA